UAUCACCACGUGCUAGUGCACCUACUUGUACAUCGACAUCUCUUUCUACACCAUGCGUAAAUGCAGAUCGUAGAAAAUCAUGAAAAGGGUUUAGGAAAAAUAUCAGAAGCACACUGCCCGACACACAAACUUGCCACAGUGAGGGGAUCCUGAGAAAUUCCAACGCGAAAUCCAAAUGCAAAUCAAAUCUUCGUGGUUCCAAAUUUAUCUUCGUGCAGCUCGUUUUUCUACGAAGAAAAACAGUACUGGUAAACAAAGCUACAGUUGACAAAUGAAGUCAGAAAAACAUACAAGAAAAAUGCUUUUUAAGCACUGGCAUGCUCAUGUAGCAGAAAUCAUCUUCCGCAGACCAAGUAAACGAAAAUCUCAAGCUCAGCCUAAGUAUCUCUUUGACAUCAGUUUCACUUUCGCCUUGAAUGAUUUUGAUUUCCAGGACCAAAAUUGACGGCAUAAUUAGCAUUAGGUCAAGGAGUCGCGAAAAUGUUGUUGAUCUAGUAUAGGGGUCCAUAAUAUAAUUUUGGCGAAGAAACCACGCAACGUCAUCAUUAUAGUCACGCAUCGUCUUAUUUCUUAGCCCCCACCGAAAAAGUAGAGCAACGCUAUUUUUUUGCGAAAGAAAUCUUCACUUGACUCGACAACCCAUCGAUCAAAACCACUACGUCAUGCCGAAAAUCCGCACCCUGCGCACGAAGCCGCCGCCGGCGGGGUUUGAGGACGUGGAGGGGGUUCUGAUGGAGUUGCAGCAGAAGAUGACUGAGGCGGUGAACGAGUCCCACGAGGGCAAGAGAAGAAACGAGGCGCAGUGGCCCAUCUUUCGCAUCGAGCACCAGCAGUCGCGCUACAUCUACGAACUGUACUACCGACAGAAAAAGAUCACGAAGGAGCUGUACGACUGGCUGGUCGAGGAGAAGUACGUAAAUGCCUCUCUGAUCGCCAAGUGGCGCAAGCCGGGGUACGAGCGGCUCUGCUGCUUGAAGUGCAUUCAACUAUCAACUGUAAAAAUGUCUGGGUCUGGAAGAAUUCAUGUUUGGCAUGCUUGUCUGGCAUGACUCUUAAGUCUGUCAUGCACGUUACCCAAGAGCCCCGUUUUUCUGUGAUGCAAAAGCGCAGUUUGUCAUGCAGAAUAGGCAACACCUAGGAGCUCAGAAACUUGUCAUGCUGAGCCAGCAUUUGUGGCCUCAUCAUGAGACGCCACCCAGCAUCACAAGUUUCCAGACCCAGACACUUUUACUUUUGAUAUCAACCGAAGGACAGCAACCACGGGACCACCUGCAUCUGUCGCGUCCCCAACCACAAGCUGCACAACAAGGGCAUCAUCGAGUGCCAGCACUGCGGGUGCCGAGGCUGUGCGAGCGGCGACCAGAAGAUGACGCGGAAGGCAAAUUUGGUGAACGAAACCGCAGGGAGCAGCGUCCAGGGCACCGGCCCAGACGAUCCCGUCUGCGACCCGGUGGGCAUCAACAAAAACAACAAACGACCCGCCCCAGUCAGACCAGAGGAUGACUUUGAUUCGGACGACGAGUUCAAGCUGUGAGGAGAUGAAAAGUUCUUGAGAUAAUCGAAAAAUCGAUGUGAACCUGUGCUUUUGACAAUGUUGCGGCACAUGACUUCAUGCUGUACCACACGACAAGCAUUGAUUGAUUUUUUUGAUGAUUGAAAAGAACCUGAUUUUUCAGACUCUUCCCCCGUUGCCAUUUGACUUGAAACUUGAUUCACGAUAGAAUUGAGCAUCCUCAUCUCAACCCACCUGCUCACUGAACAUAUAUGAACCUGUACACCAUUUUGUUGGCGCUUAUUUUUCCGAAGUCAUAAACCAUAGAACCACGAUAGAGCGUUCUAUUAGAACGCUCCUCGUGUCGUCCCAAAGGUGGACUUGUAUUUGUUGCAAACCUGGUGCUAUUUUUGAAGUCGCGCUCUUUAGAGCGGAUCGGAUCGCUUCUCGUACUCGUAGUAGUUGUGCAGCGCUUCGUGGUUUUAUUUCGUUGGGAAAGCACCAAACACUUAUUCGUGAUGGAUUUGUCUUUGCUUCGAGAGGGCGGAGAGAUCCGGUGACAAUGUUGUGUGUCUCAGUCUUGCGAGGACGAGUGCAGUAUCGUG